AUGUGCGCCGACGUCUUUACGAGCUGCCUCACGACGCCGAUCACGGUCGCCCUCCGCUGGUUCCUCUCCCAGAACGAGCGCAGCAUGGGGCAUUUGGAGCCAAGCGUGAUCGACCGCAUUCCAGGCAAGCUCACGGACCGCAAGACGCCGCUGGGCGAACUCAACUGGAUCUUCACGGCCAUCACCGACACGAUCGCGUGGAACCUCCUCCCCGCGCCCCUCUUCCAAACCCUCUUCCGGCAGGACCUCCUCGUCGCGUCGCUCUUCCGCAACUUUUUGCUGGCCGAGCGCAUCAUGACGACGCUCGGCUGCACACCGUGCUCGUUGCCCGCGCUGCCCUCGACGGCCCACCACCCGCUCUGGCGCAGCUGGGACCUGGCGGCCGAGACGUGCCUCUCGCAGCUCCAGGCCGUGCUGUCGCCGCCCAGCAUUCCGCAAGAGAUUACGUUCCACCACUCGCGCUUCUUUGCCGAGCAGCUCAUGGCGUUCGAGGUCUGGCUCGCGUUUGGCUCGAAAUCCAAGCCGCCGCCGCAGCAGCUGCCGAUCAUUCUGCAGAUGCUGCUCAACCAAGCGCUGCGCGUGCGUGCGCUUGUUCUUCUGACGCAGUUUUUCGACUUGGGGCCGCACGCCGUGAACCUCACCUUGUCCGUCGGCAUCUUCCCGUACGUCGAACGCCUCUUGCAGUCGCCCGCGCCCGAACUCCGACACGUCCUCGUCUUUGUCUGGGCCAAAAUCGUCGCCCUUGACACGUCGUGCCAAGUCGACCUGGUCAAGAUUGACGGCCAGCAGUACUUUCUGAACCACCUCAUGACGCCGCUGCUGCCGCCCGACCAAAAGGCCAUGACGCUCUUCGUGCUCUCGGUGCUCUGCCACGAGUAUGCGACGGGGCAGCAGGCGUGUCUCCAGAACGGCCUCCUCAAGCGCGUCACGCUCUUCUUGGCCGACCCGCACCCGCACGUCCGCCAGUGGGCGUGCCUGGCGCUAAGCAAGGCGUGGGAGGUUUUUGAGCCUGCGAAAGCGUCGGCGCUCGAAGACAAAGUCCAUUUGCACUUGCACAAGGUCGCGCAAACCGACGCUGCGCCGGAAGUGCGCGCAUCGGCCGUCUUUGCGCUCGGGACGCUCCUCGGCCACCACCCGUCGCUGGAUCUGCCCAUCGCCAGCGACUGCCUCGUGCCGGCGCUCUCGGACGCGUCGCCACUCGUGCGCAAGGAAACGAUCUUGGCGCUCGCGCACCUCGUGCUGCACCCGCACUACCAGCCGCCCUUUGAGCACCUCGCCCAGCACACGCGCAAGUCGACGGGCUCGGAGGCGGUGCCCGACGCCGUCGCCGGGUUGGGGCCCCACGCGCCGCACUACGCCAAGGUGUGGACCGCGCUCAAGGAGAUGCAGCAGCACGAUCCGUUCACGCCGCUGCGGCCGCUCGUCAAGAUGAUCGUGUCGCGCGUCAACACGGGCGCCCUCGGGCACACGCUCUCGCCGUCGCACGGCCGCCUGCACCGCGACAACUCGCUCCCGAGCUUGCUCACCAACAGCGGCCGCGUCGUGGCUGGUCGCCCGCCCAAGCCCAGCGUCCUCGCGUCGCAGCACGGAUCGCUCAACAACUUUGGCGGCCUCGAGGCGCCCGUGGCCGAGGUCCACCGGCUUCCGGACGCACUCGUGAGCUCUCUGUACCGCUGGGCAUGCGCCAAGUUUAACCGCCCGCUCCUCGAGUCGGUCGACAGCCACGAAGACGACGAGCUCGACCCGCUGAGCGCCCAAGGUAGAAACAUCAUGCUCGCAUGGCGUAUGACCGCGCGUAGGUGCGGUGCGGCUGGAGCGCCAGCGCCGCAACGCCCGCUGGAAGCUCCUCGCGUCGCAGCUCCGCGUCGAAAAGGAAGAACGUAUGUCGUUGAAUGUGAAACUCAAAAAGCUCAAGAAUCGCUAGAGCUGGCAGGGUACUCGCUCAACUUGCGCCAGAGCGCGCUCCUCAACACGGACUCGGACAUGACGUCGCUCCUCGUGUUCCACCCGUACGCGAGCUUGCUCGUCGUCGCCGACGCGACCGACCAGCUGAGUGUCUGGAACGUCGACACGAGCGAGCGCUGCCACUCGUUUGCGAAUUUGAACCCGCGCGCGUCGCGCCUCACGGCCGUCGGGUGGAUCAACGAGGACGACCGCGCGCUGCUCUACUGCGCGUCCGACGACGGCGUCGUCAAGCUUUACCACGACGUACGGACUGGAGCUACCAAGCCGCAGCUCGCGCUCGCCUUUACGGCCGUGCCGGACCUGGUCCCGGGCACGCGCGGGUCGGGGCUUGUGACGGCGUGGCAGCAGCAGGCAGGCUUGCUCUUUGCCGCCGGCAACUCGAGCGUCGUGCGGGGCUGGGACCUCCAGCAAGAGCGCUGCGUCUACCAAGCGCCGACGCAGACCGACGCGUGCGUGACGACCAUGGCGACCGACGAAGCCAUUGGGGGACUUGUCGUCGCGGGCUGCGGCGACGGCACGCUGCGUCUCUACGACCCGCGGGCCAAGUCGGACGUCAAGGCCAUUUUGCGCGAACACUCGUCGUGGAUCGUGGGGACCCACUUGUACCCGACCAAGUACGAGCUGCUCUCGGGCAGCGUCACGGGCGAGCUCAAGUUUUGGGAUCUGCGCCACCAAAAGGUUAGCGUCAAGACGCUCGAGGCGCACCGGUCGCCGAUGACGGCGCUCAGCGUCCACAACUACGCGCCGCUCUUUGCGAGCGGGUCGCACAAUCAAUUUAUCAAGGUGUUUCGCCACGACGGCGAGCAAAUGGCGCUCAUCCGGUACCACGAAGGCUUUCUCGGCGAGCGCAUCGGCCCCGUCUCGUGCCUCGCGUUCCACCCGCACCGCCUCCUCCUCGCCGCCGGCGCCACCGACUCGCUCGUCGCCCUCUACUCGGCCGACAAGUCGUAA